AUGAAGGUUAUGCAGCAGCCGCUCACCGUCGUCGCCGAGGUUGUCGGCUCGAUGUCCGAAGUCACCUCCGCUCUGCUUCUCCUGCUGCUGCUGCUGCUGUUCACGGCCUGGAGCCGAAUAAACCCGUCACAUAUACCCGGUCCGUUCUUCUUGGCGGGACUCGGCCCCCUCCUCUCCUACGGCAGAUUCAUCUGGACAGGGAUCGGAACAGCCAGCAACUAUUAUAACAACAAAUAUGGCAGCAUUGUGCGGGUUUGGAUUAACGGCGAGGAGACACUCAUCCUGAGCAGAUCUUCAGCGGUAUAUCACGUCCUGAGGAGCACCCACUACACAGCCAGAUUCGGGAGCAAAAAAGGCCUGGAGUGCAUUGGGAUGGAAGGGAGGGGGAUCAUCUUCAACAGCGAUGUCCUGCUCUGGAGAAAAGUGAGGACGUAUUUUUCUAAAGCGCUGACCGGUCCGGGCCUCCAGAGCACGGUGCAAAUCUGUGUGAGCUCCACAUCCAAACAUCUGGACGACUUGCAGAACAUGACCGACCCCUCAAAACACGUGGACGCUCUCAAUCUGCUGAGAGUCGUAGUGGUGGACAUCUCCAACAGGCUUUUCCUCCGGGUGCCGCUCAAUGAGAAGGACUUGCUGGUGAAAAUCCACAACUACUUUGAGACCUGGCAAACAGUUCUGAUAAAGCCAGACAUCUUCUUCAAGAUCGGAUGGCUGUACAACAAGCACAAGAGAGCGGCCCAGGAGCUGCAGGACGUGAUGGAGAGCCUCCUUGAAACGAAGAGAAAGAUCAUAAACGAGUCUGAGAAGUUAGAUGACGAUCUCGACUUCGCCACGGAGCUCAUCUUCGCUCAGAGUGUCGGCGAGCUGUCAGCGGAUAACGUCAGGCAGUGCGUGCUGGAGAUGGUGAUCGCGGCGCCUGACACGCUUUCCAUCAGCCUCUUCUUCAUGCUAAUGCUGCUGAAACAGAACCCGGACGUAGAGCUGAAGAUAGUGGAGGAGAUGAACAGCGUUUUGGGGGAAACAGGUGAAAGCAUUGAUUAUCAGAGCUUAAAGGUGCUGGAGAGUUUCAUUAAUGAGUCUUUAAGGUUUCAUCCCGUGGUUGAUUUCACAAUGCGAAAGGCUCUGAAAGAUGACACCAUCGACGGCACGGAAAUCAAAAAAGGAACCAACAUCAUCCUCAACAUUGGUCUUAUGCACAAGACCGAAUUCUUCCAAAAACCCAGAGAGUUCAACCUGAUGAACUUCGACAAAACUGUGCCCAGUCGUUUCUUCCAGCCGUUCGGGUGUGGGCCUCGCUCCUGCGUGGGCAAACACAUCGCCAUGGUGAUGAUGAAGGCCAUCCUGGUCACCCUCUUGUCUCGUUACACCGUGUGUCCUCGCCGUGGCUGCACCCUCAGCAGCAUCCGGCAGACCAACAACUUGUCACAGCAGCCCGUGGAGGACGAGCACAGCCUGGCCAUGCGCUUCAUCCCUCGAAUCCCAUCAGGACCACACGGUCCGCACUGAGGCACGUGCAGGGGGUCACGGCGGUAAUCUGGGUUUUCGUGAAGAAAUGAGUCGGAAAAACCGAACAUGGUCCCCUCGCCGUGACGUUAGUGGGCGUUUUAAAUGGAUCGUUGAAAUAUGAAAUAUGGUCCCACAUAAAAUAAAGGGAUUUUCAUAGUUGAACUACAAGAUAAAAUACUUCAGUUAAUCACUCUCUCUCUCUUGGAUUUAUAAGGAUUUAACAUGAACUAGAAAAAAGGUGGUUGCUAAGUAUGAAAAAGAGAUAACAGAACACCAUUACGCUGUAAUGAUGACGCAAAGUCAUUUGACUGUUUGUUUGUAGCCUAAUAUUUGCAUUUUACUUCUGCUGAUUCUACCGAUGCUUAAAAAAAAGUGGUGUUCAUUUGCGUAGAUAAUCUAUCUGAACUAAAAGUGUACAUCAUAACAUCGUAACAUCAUAACAUGUUGUUGACAUAGAUAUUACAUAUCUUUACAUAUUACAUUACAUAUUUUCUGCAAUAAUCUCAAAUCUGUUGGAAAACAUCAUUGGCUUUUUGUCAGGGGAAUCACUGCAGACAUCCCUUUCUUACUAAAUGUUUUCAUUUUGACAUAAACGACCAAUAACAAAUACAACAAUGCAGUUUGGAAAAACGUGAAAGACACUUUGGUUUGGUUGUCUUGAGAUAUCAAUUUUUUUUUUUUAUGAUAUGCAUUUCCAAAUAUGGAGUCAACUUGGUUUUGUGUGGACCUGGACUGAGUCAAACAGCUAGUUUUUUGUUAGUUUUGCCCUGUGUUAUCGUGUCACAAAUAUCCUUUGCUUUAGCAUUACAGUGGUGGAUGAAUACAGAUAAAACUUAACCCUCACUAUCCUAAUGUCAUUUCAUGCUUAAAUCUAUAUCAAAAUGUUUAAAAUAGAUAGAUUACAAAGGCUGCGAAUCAAAUUAUGUUUUUGGUGUUUGUAGUUAGUUAUUCAAUAAAUAUUUGAAAUUCUA